GCCGGUGCAGAUAAAUUGGCUACAAGAUAAUUUUUCGCCAUCUCGUCAAAAGCUAGUGAAAUACUGAAAUACAACAUCUGGAAAGAUCAACUGAGGUUAAAACACGUCACCAAAGACCAAUGUAUUUUGAGUAAACAGCUGUAAAAGAUCUGUUAUUAUAUUCUUAAUGUUCGCAAAGUGAAUGAGUGCCGGAAUUUACAAAUGUUGAUUAAUAAGGAUUACUAUGUAUUCAGGAAAUUCAACCUUCAUUGGAGAAACGUGGAGUUUAUGUUGACCUAACCUCUGUUUUCUAUCAAAAAAGUUUUAGAAUCGAAUGCAAGAAUGAUAUCGAACGGUGUCCAAAGUCAUGCGCCAGAAGACAAGGGAGCUGCUUCGAAGAGCAGCCUCUCCUCGACAAAUUCAACUUUGAAUUCGCCUCUGAUGAAGCUCUCCUCGUACUUCCUGGCGGUCCGGCCCUGGUCCCUGAGCGCCUCCCUGAUGCCGACGCUGCUGGGCUCGGCACUCGCCUACCGAACGACGGGAAUCGCAAGUUUCAGCUGGAUCUCCUUCGUGCUGACUCUCUACACGAUAAUCUCGGUGCACGGCGCUGGCAACGUGGUGAACACAUACUUUGACUACAUUAAAGGAGUGGACAGUCGCAAGAGCGACGACAGGAUACUGGUCGAUCAGCUGCUCUCUAAGGACGAACUGGUGUCCCUGGGCGCGCUGCUCUACGCGGCAGGCUGCCUGGGCUUCGUCCUCUUGACGACCAUAUCGCCCGCGAAGAUGGAGCACCUCGCCCUCGUCUACUUCGGCGGCCUCUCCUCGUCCUUCCUCUACACGGGGGGAAUCGGCCUCAAGUACAUUGCGCUCGGUGACGUGAUUAUUCUAGUGAUAUUCGGCCCCAUCUCGGUGCUCUUCGCCUUCAUGGCCCAGACCGGCUUCAUCGCCUGGGAGACCAUCUACUUCGCCGUUCCCCUCGCGCUCAACACUGAGGCCAUUCUGCACAGCAACAACACGAGGGACCUGGAGAGUGACAAAAAGGCUGGCAUCGUGACCCUCGCCAUUUUAAUCGGUCACACGGCGUCCCAUGUUUUAUACGCGUUUCUACUCUUCACGCCGUACAUCAUCUUCGCAGUCCUCGCUCUACGAUACUCAAUUUGGUUUCUACUGCCACUGAUAACGGUUCCAACGGCCUUCAAAAUCGAAAAGCAAUUUCGUGAUCCCACCAUGAUCCAGAGUGUUCCCAAGCAGACCGCGAGGCUCAACAUGUACCUCGGGAUACUCUACGUCGUCGCCUGUCUCGCGGCAGAGCCUCUUCCCUACUUAUAAUUCAAAAGACUUUCCGAUCCGAAAUGCAAUUCCGAAGGGGACAUUGGAAGUCGUUUCAAUGGGAGUCUAAAGGCGCUGGCCUCCAGGAGAUUUAGCUACAAGCGGAGUUAGACACCGAAAGAAGAGAGAGACUGGUAGACAAUGACACAGGGUGUCUACUAACCGGGAAAUAGCCGGAAAAAACCGGGAAUAAACCACGAAUUUUAUGCCAAACCGGGAAUGUUUCACCAAAUUAAAAAAAGUUUUAUUUUUGGUUUUUAAAAAAUCGCUUUUUAUUUCAAUUUUUAUAGAUAUAUACCGUUCUCUAAAUUUCAAUUAGUU